UUUCAAGCGCACGUCCUUUUCAGCAUGGGCCGACGACACAAGUCGAUGCAAGGUUACCAGCAAUACAUCGAGUACCAGCGCGAGUACUACCGCAAGCACCGGGCGACGCGCCUCGCCAAGCAGCGCGAGUACGACCGGAAACGGCGCCACGGUGCGCACAAGUUGACCAAGUCGGACACGAUGCCGCUGUCGCCAACGAGCUCGGAAGCGUCGUCGACGACCACCGACGCGCGCCCCGUCAACAAGCUCUCGCUGCUGUACAUUCUCGUCUAGCCAACGCUCUCGUCGUCGUCUGUCGUGUCCAUUGCCGUCCGUACUUCAUGUCUAGUAGAUUCGUUAGUCACUAAUAUACCUCGUGUGCAAAUAGCACCGUAACCUUCAACAAAUAGCUAGGCGUCGUGCUUCAUCACCAA